AUGGCAACCAAGAAAGUUGAAACGGCCCAAGAAACCACACAGCCCACUCAAAAUCUUCAGGAUGACAGUAAAGUCUACAUUGCCCAGGUGUUGAAUGUCUAUGGAAGGACUGGCUCUGGUGGUGAUGUUAACAUCUGCAAAGUUCUUGUACGAGACACAGGAAAGACCAUCUUCAGAUCUGUGCAGGGGCCAGUGGACGUGGGGCACUUGCUUGCUUUAAGAGAGUGUGUAAGGGAGUCUAGAAGAUCUAGAUAA